GUUCAUGAUGCGAUGAUGCAAUUGGCGCAGAACCCGGUGUUCCUGGCAAACCCAGCAUGCCUGGGUGACUUUAUGGAGAAUCUUGUCAAGUCACAGCAGGGCCAUUCACCAGCUUCCCCACCACCAGCCAGUGAAUCUUGCAAACGGCCUCUUGUGGAUGGCUCUGACUCAACCCAGAAGGAUUUAGAGAAUGUGGGUGCCUACCGGAACUUUUGGUCCAAAUUCAAACGGCCUGUGACGCCUGUACCUGCUGCUCCAGCAGGUGGCAGUGGGGCGUUGGUUGCUGAUGGUGCUGCAGAAGUUGCUGCUGCAGAAUCUGUUGAAGCACAUGCCCAUCAUGUUGGCCUUGCUGAUGUGGAAGAAGGCACUGAUGCUACAGGACCCACUCAGACAUCGGCUGCCGAAGAAGCUUUGUUUGCUGGCAUUGCUGAGGAACCUGACAGACUUCCAGACGAGUCCGAGCCUGUUGACAAGGUUGAUGAACCUGCGUCUGAUGUUCAUGCCUGCCUUCUGCGCAAGACAACCUUGGAUUUGAACCGUAGCAUUGCUCCCCAGGAAAUGCCUGGACACACCUCUGUUGUGAUGGAGUUGGCUGGUGUUCUUCAAGAUGUUUGGAUCCCCAUGGCACCAGAUGCUGCAGUGAAGGCUGGCUUGACACUUAGCCCAUCAGUCAAGCUGGUCACUCCGUCUACCUCCAGUGUUGUUUCUACAGCCAGUUCGAAGCCAGCGAGAGAGCCUUCGGCACAUGCUGCAGCAGCAAUUGACCUCACUGUUGAUGCUGCAGGGAAUGUUGAAGUCAAGCCUUUGGUGCCAACACCACCAGCUUUGGAGAGCCCUGCGCCAGCAACAGAAGUUGCAACCCCGACUUCCGUGGCCCAUGCCUCACCUGCAUUGCCUGGUCCUGGAGAUGGUGGUCAGUCUUCGGAGAGCCCAGCUUCUGAUGAUGCAGAAGCAAAGGCUGCUUUACGGAACAGCUACAUGCGAUUUCACAGAUCG